GUGCAGCCCCGGUGCGAAGAAGAUGGUCGGCGGCUUGUGCGCUCGCAGGUUGGCCCGCCGGUCGCGUUCCGCGCUGAUCGCAGCCCUCACGGUGCUGCUGGUGCAGACGCUGAUCGUGUGGAACUUCAGUAGCCUCGACUCCGGCGAAGACGGAGGCGCCAGUGUGCGGGAGAAGAGGGACCGGGUCGCGGGCAACAAAGCCGCCGGCAGCGACUAUUUCCAGCAGCGGGUCCAGCAGCGGCAGCAGCAGCAUCUUCCUCCGCCGCCGCCAGGGAGGGGGGCGGCUCGGCACAUACAGCAGCCGGACGGAUAUUACUCCCACCGGCCGAAGGAGAAAAGUAGAGUCGACAGCAACAACGAGAACUCUGUGCCCAAAGACUUUGACAACAUAGACAAUAGUAACUUUGGUGCACGCUCGCAGCCAAACCGGCAGUCUGUCGGGGCCACGAGCAGCAAGCAGCAGCGGGAGCACCUGCAGGAGAAAGCCCACGCGCAGCAGCAGGCCUGGCGGGACAACUCCCCCGGGCUGAGCCGCAGCUCAAAUGAAGUACUGCCCGUCGGCCACCAGCCCCUAGCGGUAGGGAACAAUUCGUCCUACCUAGGUGGUCAGGGUGCCGUGGGAGUUCCACGGCAGCAGUCCCGCGCCUCACAGGCCCAGCAGGCCCAACAGGCCCAGUCACAGCACAGACAUCAGCACCCCCAAUGGAGGCAGGCGACCGCAGCGCCGCUGGAGGUGACCUACGACCAGCCACCCAAGUGCGAGAUCAGCGGGAAGGAAGCCAUUUCAGCUCUCUCCAGAGCCAAGAGCAAGGAGUGUCGGCAACAGAUCGCAGAGGUGUACUGCAGGCACAAGGAAGGGCAGUUAAUGCCUGAGAAGGUCACUCGCUACUGCCACCUUGAGGGUAAAGCCAAUGUGAAUGUCCAGUGGGACGAGGACUCUGCUGAGAGUUUCCCAUUAAAACCAGUGAGAAUAGGGUUCGUCUUGGUGGUCCACGGACGAGCCGCUCGCCAGUUUCAACGCCUCUUCAAAGCCAUCUACCACACCUCGCACUACUACUACAUCCACGUUGAUCAGCGCUCCAACUACUUGCACAGGCAGGUGCAGGCCUUGGCUGCACAGUAUCCCAACGUGAGGGUGACACCGUGGCGCAUGGCCACCAUCUGGGGUGGUGCCAGCCUGCUGACCAUGUAUCUUCGCAGCAUGGCUGACCUGCUGGCCAUGAGGGACUGGAGCUGGGAUUUCUUCAUCAACCUCAGUGCUGCUGAUUAUCCCAUCAGGACCAAUAACCAGCUGGUGGCCUUCCUGUCCAAAUACAGAGACAUGAACUUCAUCAAGUCACAUGGCCGGGACAACGCCAGGUUUAUCCGUAAGCAGGGUCUGGAUCGUCUGUUCUUCGAGUGCGACACCCACAUGUGGCGGCUGGGCGAUCGUAAAAUCCCAGACGGCAUCUCGGUGGACGGCGGCUCCGACUGGUUCCUGCUCAACCGCAUGUUCGUGGAAUAUGUGAUGAACUCCAAGGACGACCUGGUCACCAACAUGAAGCGAUUCUACGCCUACACACUGCUGCCUGCCGAGUCCUUUUUCCACACGGUGCUGGAGAACAGCGCCUACUGCGACAGCAUGGUGGACAACAACCUGCGCAUCACCAACUGGAACCGUAAACUGGGCUGUAAGUGCCAGUACAAGCACAUCGUGGACUGGUGUGGAUGCUCCCCGAAUGAUUUCAAGCCCGCAGACUUCCACCGCUUCCAGCAAACUGUGCGACCGACCUUCUUCGCCAGGAAGUUUGAAGCCAGCGUGAACCAGGAGAUAGUGAACCAGCUGGACACCUACCUGUUUGGACCGUUUCCCCAGGGAAUGCCGGCGCUAAACUCGUACUGGGAGAACGUGUACGACGAGCCAGAUGGCGUGGCCAGCCUGUCGGACACACGGCUCACAUACUUCCACUCCUUCUCUCGCCUGGGCCUGGCCAGGGCGGCCGCCUCGCUACAGGGUAACCCAAAGGAUCACAGCUGCAGGUACUUCCCCAUGGGCCACCCGGUGUCGGUGCAUCUCUACUUUCAGUCGGACCAGUUUCAGGGCUACCUGGUCAAGCAUCACGCCACCAACCUGGCCACGAGCAAGCUGGAGACCAUGGAGACCUGGGUGGCGCCCAAGAAGAACUUCAAGCUGAGCAACCCUGCGAGCAGCACGUUCAGCAGGUUGCAGUUUGCGGAGAUCGGUGCGGAGUGGGAUGCCAAAGAGCGUAUGUUCAGGAACUUUGGCGGCUUAAUGGGGCCCAUGGAUGAGACGGUGGGCAUGCAGAAGUGGAGCAAAGGGCCCAACGUCACCGUCACGGUCGUGUGGAUCGACCCCACCAACAUCAUCGCCGCCACCUACGACAUUCUGAUCGACGCUAGCGCAGAGUUCACCCACUACCGACCACCGCUGAACCAGCCCCUGCGGCCGGGAGUGUGGAGCGUGCGCAUCCUGCACCACUGGAGCCCCGUGGCCGAGAUGAAGUUCCUCAUCGCCCCGAUGUCCCAUCACAAACACCAGCCCAUACGACAAGAGGAAACUGUGAAGCUCCACAACGGGCCAGCGAAGAACAGCUACAUGGAGCAGAGUUUCCACGGCCUCAACCCGGUGCUCAACAUCCCUGUGAGCCCGGGCCACGUGGAGCAGGCCAAGAGGAACGCGGCGCUGACCGGGCCAGAGCUCGAGCAUUGGUUGGACAGCCUGGUGGGCGAGCUGUGGGAGGCGGCCGACGUCUGUGCCGUGGGCCCCACGGCCUGUCCUGUCAUGCAGACCUGCUCCAAGAUCCCCUGGAGCUCCCUCAGUCCGGACCCCAAAUCCCAGCUCGGAGCACCGCACGCAGACGGGCGUAUCAGGUAGCAGUGAGGCCUCCAGCUGGACGGGAGGCCACGGCACAGGAGUUUCACUGUUGAUUUGUAUUUAUUUAAGGGGUUUGUUGCAAGCCAGGGCAGGAAAAUUGCUCUUCCUCUGUCUCGGGGGGGGGGGGAAAGAAAACUAAAGGAACGGUGCAUGUUUUUGUUGGGGAGGUUGGUGAGGGUGUCUGGACAGAAGGCAAAGAGAAUGGUUUUCAGAUCCUCCCGGGGGGGUUGCUCCUUUUAGGGGGUUAUGCUGGCUUUGCUAUUUCAGUUUCUCAGUGUAUUUAUUUUUCUUCUCAUGGCUGAGUUUUACUGUGAUCAAACGUUUUCAAUUUUCAAGCGUCUAUUCUGCUGCUGAAUGAGUUAUGAAGUCAGCUUUUAAAGCCCUGCACGGGGCACAGCGGUCAUGUGAGUGUGGAUUGUCGACACUGGUAGCAGACUAAGAUCUGCUGCAAUAAGGCCUUAGCUGUAAAACCUGUUUGAGGAGGACGCCUGGUACUGGAUUAAACGUGCCUCCUCCAUGUUCAGGUCUGCAGAAACAAAUCUGUGCGUUCAGAUGAGCCCGAACAAGUCAAAAAGUUUGCUUUGAUACGACUCACACGCAGCACCAUUGGCGAAACUUUGAACAACAAAUAUUUUAGCGUGAUUAAAGCCACUUUCUUUCAAACCUCUGAGUUUCUGAUAGUCAAGUGACUCGGUUUGUUAAUCAGUCGAAUAAAUUGGCAACAGCAGCACAACUUCAGUGCCUGAUCAGGACGUGGAACUGUCGUGGCUGAGCUCACCAUCUGCUGCUGCCACAUUUCCUACAUGUGGAAUAAAAAAGAGAGAAAUGCAAGUACAGAGGCCUUCAUUGCAUAAUUACAACUAUCUGGAUUAUAAUAGAAAUGUAAUGUAGGUCUAAAUUCAUAAAUGCUUGAUUUGUGGUCGUUGAACAUUAGUAUUUUAAGACGUAACAUUGCCAUAGCUUAGUUUUCUUUAAUAAAACCCAGAUGUUGUGACAGGCAGAGGACGAAGAGGUUAUUAUUUUGUUCGUUUUCGAUUUUUUUCGAUUUUUUUUUUACCAAACUGCCUCAAACUUGAAACACAUUAAUCUCAAGCUGACCUAAAAAUUCUCAUCCUUAUAUUCAUAAUUUUUUACUUUUUUUCCAGUCAUUUCAAUGACUUUAUGUUGUACAUAGUUAUACAAGAAGUCUCAAAAACUCUGUGUGAAUGGGGGGGGGGUUGAGUCCAUGAGUCAUGAGUCACUAUUUAUUUAUAAGUUUAUAUUAAUACUGAUAUUUUUAGUCGGUGACUAAAUAACUGCGACGCUGCCUUGGCAGCAUGAUAAAUAUUUUUUUGUAAAGAAAAGCCGCCUUUAUUUACAAAGGCCAACACCCCAAACUUAUACUGUACCUUUUUAUGGCCCGCUCCUGUGUGUCAGUCAGUGUUGUCCUGUCUAAAUAGAGCUCCUCGUCAUGGUUUCUUACAAGGCUGUUUGCAAAGUGCAUCACACGAGAAAGCCACCCUGACCUCUGGGGUCAGAGGUCAGCUGCCUAACAACCUCACCAAACAGAGUAGGUGAAAAAAAAAGAAAUAGAGAAACACUGCUCACGAGCAAACACAUAGGACAACGUCUGGAUCGAAGGAGAACCUGCUGUUAUUUGGUGUUUCACGGUUUGAGAAUGAUAGUGAGUGGUAGUGCUCUUCAUGCUGUGACAAUAAUGUACAAAUUCAAGUGAGCAUUAUUGUGUCUAGAUUGCAAAAUGCAUAAUUCAUCAAAUCGGGUCUGAGGCACCUUUACAUCUACAUUUUAAGAACCUUUUUUGCCAUCAAGACAAUCUCUGGACAUUACACACAGUUCACUCUGGGGGAGCAACUGUACCACAACACAUCCUGAACGUGAGGUACGGUCGCACAUUUGUCUUACUUUGAAAUAAGUUUCAUCUGAAGCCAAUUUGGAUUUCAAUCUGUGAUUGUCAACAUUGUUUAGCCACCACUCAAGCUAAGUGAGUGUUUCUGCUCCCGCUAAUUAGGAGACAUUACUGUUCAUUAAUGUCAAGUUCACCUUGCCUCAGUGUCGGAUGUGUCCAUUAUAAUCGCCGUCGCUCCUUCCCUCUCCAAUCGACACUGUGUCUGGGCUUUGGUUGUAAAGAACUACUUUUAUUUUCCACUGGCCGGCCACUGCUGCCAUCUUUUGACUUAAAGUGCCACCGUGCUCCGAGUAAUUACUUCACACAAUACAUAUGACGAUGUAAGUUCAAUGACAGUUUUGGAAAAAAGGUGGAUUAAGAUGAUAAAUGUUACUCAAUGUGAAAGUCCUAUUUUGUAACAAAAUGAAUAACAAAUGAAGAAGAUGUACAUAGGUAUUUUGUAUUGAGAUAUUGUUUAAAGCCGUAUUGUACAUGUAAAUACAGAUGUGGUAAAAAUGACAUGGAAUUAUUAAAGACUUUUUAAAAUGUCGAUAAUUGGGCACAAAUGAAUAGAUGGUGUUUAUUGAUCAAAGUACAUAACCUGUUUCAGUGUUUUCUGGACAACAGCCUUGUCCUGUUUGCCUCUCAGAGAAAAUCACAUGCCAGAUUGUUGUUGUUCUUGCUGGAAUGUAUUGUUGAGCAACUGUUGCACAAAUUUCUCUGAAUGAAGUUCCCCCCCACCCCCUGCUAUUAUCUUUUUAUUUUUAUUUUUUUCUGGGGAGGCUCUGUGUGCCUUAGCUGACUUUUAGAACCUUCUCUGCCCAUAAAAAGAACAAAAACCUGAUUUUGUUAUUGUUUUUUUGACGUUAUAUGAAGAAUACCGCGGGUCUGUCCAGUGAUUCACUGGUACUGCAACACCAAAAAGAUGUCUGCUGUUGUAUAAAUAUCAUCAGGCCUUCUGUCUUUAUCGGCUUUUAUUCUUUUUCUUUCUUUUCUCGUCCCUCUGUGGGAUUUGUUUUGUUGUACUUGACUGGCUGGUUUUACUUUUCUCUGACUGCUUUUUGGAAAUAAAAUUCUAUGGAAAAUCUACUCAUGUGA